CCCCUACAGGCCAGCAUCCGCCUCCAGUUCAUGUUACUACCGGGGCUGUUGGUGUUUCUGGUUCCAGGAAACAACAAAAACAUGUUCGAGCGCGGCGGACUGACGCCUCAAACCCGCAGCGGCCACCUGCACUGACACGGCUUCGAUUCCACCGACUGCUAUAUGAUUCCCGUCGAGUUCAGGGCCGACAACCCAGAACGAUGCCGCCGAAAGCACUGGGAUCCCUUGUAGCUCUGCUUUGUACCGGGGCCUGUCUGGUGCAGGCAAAGGAGUUCUGUUUUGGGGUCAACAAUGAACAGUAUCGCUGCGAGAUGGGGUACUGCUGUGGAGAGACUGAAUGCUGCACCUAUUACUAUGAGCUCUGGUGGUUCUGGUUAGUGUGGACCCUGAUCAUCAUGCUGAGUUGCUGCUGCGCCUACCGACACCGGAGGGUCAAGAUGCGCCUGCAGCAGGAGCAACGUCAACGUGAGAUCAGCCUCAUGGCCUACCAAGGAGCCUCCAGCUCAUUCAUCUCCCCUCCACCACUUAAUCUAAGGUUUUGGAACGACUGCAAACUUCCGGACUAUGAGGAGGUGGUAGGCCAUCCCCCAACGCCGCCCCCCCCUUACUCAGAAAACCCUCCUGAGACCGUUCCACCACUCCCUCCACAACUAGGCCAGCCAGACGCUGCCGCAGUGCCACAACCCCUGACCCAUGCAGAACCGAAUUGUGAGGCCGCGAGCUCGUCGUUGGAGCAGGAAGCUGUGUCGAUGCCAAUCCAGGCACAGUGUCAGGAGGAGGAGAACGCGGAGGCUUCUCUGGUGGCCGCAGAGGAGGAUGAGGAGCUCAUCACUCGGCGUCGGCAUGUGACCGGCGACUCAGGGAUUGAGGUGUGCGUUUGCCAGCUAGACGUAGACGAGGGCUCAGGGCUUGAGGAGGAAAGUGACGAGGAGCACCGGAUGUGCAAGGUCACCGGUGGGGACUGCUGCUCUGGGCGUCAUCAGCAAACCUUCAGACAGAAGGAGCACACCCCUGAGCUGCCCAGCCAGACCGCCAGCACCAGCACUGGAGACCACAUGGUGUGAUCCGCGGCCUAAAUAACCAGCCAUUCAAUUCGGCUUUCUGCUUCACACACGGUGAAAUGAUAAAGCUGUUGCCAUCAUCAUCACCAUAAACACUGUCUGUGUUUUAAUUCUUUGAACUAACACACAGGCAUGACGUUAAGAUGAUGAUGACAACUAAUCUUUACUGGCGCCUGAUAACGAAAGAUGAAUAACACAUUAUGUGGACAAAGAUUAGGCUUCAUUUUUUGCUUUGCUUUUCCGUAGUGGGUAAACCAGCGAACACUUGUUGAUACACGAUUUGGGUUUUUUCUCCUUAGUGUUAAGUAAGAGAUUGUCAUUGGGCAGUGAGAAGGCAGCAAUUGAUUGUGACUGAAAUCAGAAUUGACUGUUUCCCUUGCUCCUCAAUAUCCUUGAGCACUGCCAUCAUGUUUCCGUUUCUUUGUCGUCACUCCUCGGUCAGAACUUUUCCGGCCAUCCUUCCAUCUGACAUUUGACCUUAUGAUCAUCCUAGAGCAUACCAACACGGUCAACAUUUCCACCCACGUCCUCACUACGACCAAGCAGAGGAGUCAAAAAUAAACUUCUUGAUAACUCAAGAUGAAGCUGGAUUAAUUGACGAGCGUCACGCAUUUCAUUUUCCCCCUAAGGCGUAUGAUGCGUGAGAGUUUGUGUGUGUGCGCCGUGGAAUCUAGGAUACAGCUGCAUGGUGAUGUCAGCGCUGAGGUCAUAGCAACCAUCGUCUGGUGCCCUCUGGUCUGUGGGAGGUUUUGCAUCUAGAUUGGGUGGGGGGGGGGACUUACCAGCAACAAUUAGCAGAGGCAGCGACAGGAAAGAGCUGAGGUUUCGUUUUGCGUUUUAAAUGUCAUACAUCCUCCCUUCAGCACAUUUUUUUCUCUCUUUUUGAUAUCCAUAUUGUGUUCACCACCAGUUAGCAUGACUUAACGUAAGGUGCGACCAGCUUUUUGGGGAUUUACUGAUUGUGUGCAUGGGAUUUCCCCUCUUUGGUAUCUGACUGCAUUUGAGUGAUAGUAAUUGACAAGAGGGUUAUGUCACCAAAUAUUUUCUAAAUAAAAAGCCUUGUGGUGGCUCCAGGAUAGAGAUGUGUAUUUCUCAGUAUAUUGUUUGGAUGUAAGGAGGAAGGAUGUACUUUUUAUACAUAACCGGCUGUGCUUCAGUAGAUGCUACAGGGGUCGCUAUUAAUUGCAACAAUGCUCCCGACGGGGGCCGCAACAGUGGGUACUCGUAUGGGUGUUUUAGUGCAGUAGGGAAGGUUUUUGUGUGUUUGUCUGUAAAGUGCUGUAGCACCUGGUUGAAAUAUUUACUCAGCACUGAGGUGGAUUAACAAUUUAAGCACUGUUUUUUAUUUUUUGCAUGAGGCAUGAAUAUCGAUGUUUAUAUUUGAGUUCAUCAGCGUUUCUCUAGCCGCUAUGUUACUUGCUUUGCUCAUCUGUAAGUCAAAUUGAUUGUGGGCUACAGCGGCCACAUCACCUCGCACCUAGAUGUUGGGGAAAGAAAUAGACCUAGACCCAUAGAUCUAGUUUCAUUGUGUUGUUACUGCCGUCUGAGUUGUGCUACGCUGUGCAUUUAUCUAGUUAGCUGGAGCUGUUUGGGCUCUGUGGCCCCUACAGCUCUUGGCAGUGCGAGGGAUUUGCGGUGGUAUUUUCCACUGGCAGCAGAGGGCGGAUGCAGGCUCCAAUGUGCGGUUUGGUCAGCGAUGACACAGCUGCAGAAUCUAUUGUGAUCGACUGCACGCUGCUCGGCCUUGCUGUGUGCAUUGUAUGUAUUCAUAGCAUAGCAGUCGAACUGGGUGUUGUCGGACAGGAAAACAAACCGUUAUUUGUGAGAAGAUUUCUGAAAAAUCAUUGUGCAAAAUAAAAAGUAACUAAGUCAGAGAAUGUUAAAUUGAAUUUGGAACAACUUUUUGUUUGUCAGCUCUGAAACUGUGUGACAAAAUGGGCACAGUGUAAAGACUCAGGUCGGUCAUUCCGCUUCACGCAAGCACACGCAGCACGCUCACUAAAUACUGCUCCAUGGUGCAGUACUUUAUCAUCUACAUUUAUUAAGUGAAAGAUGCCCUGAACAGUCUCCAGCAUUCACAUGACUGAAUUUGUCACUUAGCAGACUCCAAACACGUCCUGUAGCGUUUUAGUUCAAACAUGCUGUAGCUGACGACGUGUGGACGGAGUGUGGACAUUUCAUGCUUGUAAAAUAUAUUUAUUCAAACAUAGAAAUAGCUGAUUGUACUAUGACAAGGACACGUGAGGGAAAUUCUUGGCCACUUAUCAAGACUUGAGUCUGGGUUCUGCACAUUAAAGUAUGUAAAGUUUGCGAAACACAUGCAGCUCAGUGGCCUAAGAAAGUGUUUCCUCAUUCCUCCAACCAGCAGCAGCUCACAGCUCUGUCCUGGUUCUGCUUGUGUCUGUGUUCCACUAUUCGAGCUGGAGAACUUACUGUUGUGGGAGAACAAUAUAAAAGGGCCAGUGCACCAAAUAUCUGAAUAUAGAGUGAAACAAAAUGAAUGCACAGCUGCCUAAAGCUUAGAAUGAAAGAUAAUUUAGUUUCUUGCUGCAUUAGGUUAAAGUUUGCACUCCUUGUGUUGCGUAGUUGAGCAGGUGCAUAAAUACGAAGCCAUGCUAACAUGACAAUGACCUUUUCAGAGGAGCUGUUACACUGUGAGCGUUCUUGCACACAGAUUAGCUGAAGUAACAUUAAAUCCUUUUUUUGACCAACACACCUCAAGCUGCCUUGCUGCAUCUCUGGAGAGCAAAUGUCUUGAUUAUACGUAGAACUACACAAUAAAAUCUAGCCUCUGUAUGCAGUACUGAUGUGCUACAGCCUUAUUAGAGUAGACCUAGUUAAGUGGGGUUGUUCUGGAUUUCUUUUGGAUGGUAGUAUUUGUUGUUUUUCCGAGCAUGAUCGCUUUAGAUCAGCGCAGUUUCUCUGUGACAACAGAGAAUAACAUCAAAGCUUGUUCUGAGAAUGUGUGCUCGCUUUGUUAGGAGAGGAUGUGGUUUCUGAACAUUUUAAAGCCAGAACUGUCACAUGCUCAAGUAGAGUUGGACUUGCAUUGAUUUUUGAAUCUGAGGGGUGGUUGUGUUGAAUUUACAAUAUUGUGUCUUGUUCGUUGUGGCACUGAUGGAAUUUGUCAACACCAGAUUGUUGAGCUUGCGCUCGCUCUGUUUUUGUUCCAAGGAUCUGGUCGUGAUUAGUUUGUGAAAUUAACUGAAUCUAAGGCAUGAAGAAAAUGAGAAAAAAAUAUUUGUAUUUCUCUGGUCUCUUUGUUAUCCAUCCUAUCUGUGUUUUGCAUUCUGAGAACAGAUAUUAACUCCAGCAAGAGAGUUCAUGCUAAGGUUGAGUUUUGCUUAUUUGUAAAGCUUUGUAGACAUAAUAACAGCGGAGGGGAGUGAGGGAGUGAUAGUUCUUUCUUGCGUGUGUACUGGAGGUCCAUAGUUUUCCCAUUGCCAAACAACUACUAUGCCUCCACGAUUUUUCACGUGUUUACUGAGAACAAGGGCUAUAUACACACAUGCAUCCAUGUCACUGAGCUGCUCAUCUAAAGCCGCAGCUGCUGAGCUACAGCGUCUGAACAGAUAUUUGCGAUUUAAACAUGGUCAGUGUUUGGAUGUGGACGUCCUGUAAAAUGUAUGGCAGAGCUCAUAUUUAACAAUAGCUGAUUGUAAACGACUAUAUGUUUGUUUUAUAGGCUCUAACUUUGCCUUUUUGCUUUUGUCGACCUCAACGGAGGUGCGUGAUGCGACACCCCCCCCCCCCCUCGCUCAGUGAAAACUAUUCUUUCAAAUGUAAUUACAGCAUGUGUGGUUGUGCCAGAGAGUUUUUGCUUCGCUCCGGCGGCUCUCUGUGGACCGUGACUCCACCCUCCACCAGGCUCCAUCUUGGUAACAGAAAAAACAGCCGACGCUCCAGCAGUCGACAGAAUAAUUUACCAAAGUCGUUGCCAUCUCCACGCUUGUUUUCCCGUUCUGUCUGUGUGUGUGUGUGUGUGUGUGUGUGUGUGUGUGUGUGUGUGUGUGUGUGUGUGUGUGUGUGUGUGUGUGUGUGUGUGUGUGUGUGUGUGUGUGUGUGUGUGUGUGUGUGUGUGUGUGUUGGCAUGACGACAAUGUGUUUGGUUUCCCUCUCUCUCAGGGUCAUCUUUAACCGAGCAGUGCUAGAGUAUGAAAUUAACCCUUUUUUCUUUUUUACCUGUCAGUCAUAAAGCCAAAGCGGUUGUUCCAUUGGUCGUCGCCCGUCUUUAUUUCUGCGUCACGCAUCUCUGUAGUGUAUCGUACUUUACUCGACUAGGCUAUGCAAAAACAUAAACCUACUGUUAUAUGCUGCGCCCUCUGUCUCACUUUCUCCGUCGUGUAUCUGUGGGCACUAGUACAAGCAAUAUAACUCUCAGUACUUGUGUCCCUUCACUGUACUGUAAUCUACUUCUGGUUGGUCUGUGUACAUGUAAUAUAAUAUACUUGUAAUGCUACUACAAUGAUGUGGUGCGUAUGUAUGCUUCAGUGUCGGCUGAGGGAGUUUGAGUUUAAAAUCCAUUCUUCAUAAUAUUUUAUUUCUUCUCCUCUGUUUGGCUUUUUCUUGCCUGCUUUCUCAAUCCAUUAGGACAUUUCUCUCCUGACUCAUGAAUAAACCACAUUAAGUUGUAUAAGUGAAAGAAAAGUUGAACAUAUUGUUUUUUUUGUUGGAUAAAUUCUUAUUUGUUAUCUUUGGUCUGUUUGAAACUUUCCCAUCCCUCACAUUCGAUGCACUAAUUCAGUGCAUCUCAGUUUAAACAACAGCCUGCUUUUUUUUUUUCAUCUUCAUGAAUUGUCAUUGAAUAUUUAACUGUUGCCUUUUAAUCCACAGAUAUAACGAUACUGAUCAGUUUCUACAUUUUUAUAGAUUAUGCAUAUGACAGACCUCGACAUGAACCACAGUCAGAUCACGUUAGACCAGCACAUAUUAGACUGAUACAGGAAUGACUUGUGGACCCCUUAACUCUGAAUUUAUAAAAGAUUAAAUUACACCCUCAUGUUUCUGUCAUGCAACAGGGAAACUUACUUUUUUCUAGAUGAUACCAAACAGAUGCAGGUUCUGUUUUUUUUGUUGUUUUUUUACCAAAAUGAGAAACAGGCAUCUACAAACACACAUCAGACUCUUUCUACAUUGUUUUCCUAAUAACUUUAAACAAGCCAAAAUGAGUAAAGUGGAAAAAAAAACAGAAAAAAAUGAAAGCACUGAAUAACAGAUGAAAAAAAAAUGCUUUGGUUUUAGUAAAGAAGUCUGCUGUGUACUCUCUGGGUCAUCAUUUGUAUUUUAUUUUUUUAAUAAAACAAACAUUGGCACUCA